AUGGUUCUUCUUCCUGUCGACAGCCCAUCCUCCGAUAGCCUUACACUACCAGGGCAUUCGCCAAUUGUCGCGAGCAAGGACAUGCAGAGCAGCCCGUGCGGCCCUCUGCCACAGGAACAACUCGUGGAGGAGUUCAAUUCAUCGGACACGAGCGAAGUAGUCGAGGCAGCGGAGGAGGCGGAUGUUGUGAACGAUUCAAGAUCGUCCGACUUGGCGUCUCUCUCAUGGCAGGAGCCGAGCUCUCCGUGGACCGUCGAGGUGUCCAAGCAGAACUUCGACAUCCUCCACAUGAAACUGGAGAGGGCGAUCUUUGAGUCAGAGAGGAGUCUGCAGAAGGCAGAGAUCGCGCAGAACCAGCUCAAGGUGAAGAACAGGACGAUCAGCCGGCUCGAGGAGAAGAUGGAGCACAUGCAGCACAGGCUGAGUCACAUGGCGCAGCUGGAGAUCGAGAUCAAGGGGCUGAACCUGAAGCUGAUGAAUGAGGAGGACGGGAGACGAACCUUCUUCAGGGAGGCGGAGGAGCUCCGGCAGGCGAACGUGUUGUUGGAGGCGAAGCUGGAGGAGGCCAGAGAAUGUCUGGAGGAUGCUCUACAGGAUCGGAUUCUUGCUAGCUUCAAGCUCAAGAAGGUUGAGAAACAGCUGAAUUACGACUGCAACUGUGAUGGCAAACUCCGAUUGAAAUAUGAAAGGGUGAGACGUCAGCUGGACAGCUUGUUGUCAAGGGACUUGAUGAGAGGAUGCUUUCAUGCGCUGCAGCACGAGCUGGCGAGAGCCUGCCAGCACCGACAGAGAGCCAUAGCCAGCGGAGGCAGGCUGCAGCGGAGGAGUUUGACCUGCAUCCUUGCGGGCUGGACGGAGUAUGUGCUGAUGCGGAGGAAGAAGAAGGCCUGCCGCGAAGUUGUCGAGAGGUCGGUGAAGUCUGAGCGAGCCCAUCUGUGCUUGUGGGCCCUAUGGCUCGUCAGGGGGCAGUCUCUCGAUCAGAACUUCAGUGCGAUGCUUCACUCGCGGACUUCUCGCCGAGACCUGCAGGCCAAGAGAGCCGCUCUGAGCGUCUGGUCUUCAUGCACAAGAACAGGAUACGAGGUGGCGAAGGCUGUCAAACAUCUUUCACUCCAUCACGAGAUCACACUGCGCACAAGGCAGACGAGAUCCCAUUUCUUCUACCUAUGGAGGUUCACUUUACAGCUCGACAGGAGGUUGCAAGCAGAGUGUGAGCACGAGAAGGUGGUGGAAGCAGGUGAUGCUGACGAUGAUGCACAUGUUGCUGAUGGCUGA